UCAGAGACGCGGGAAGAGCCCGGCGCAGGGCAACCAGGAAGUGCUCCUCUCCAUGUAAUGUCUUAUCUAAAACUACUGGGCGCCACGUUAGGAAAACUAACAACCUUUUUAGCUCUCUCGGUUGUCUUCGUCGCAGCUUUUCUGAAGUAUUUUGACGACCCCGAACCAGUUCACAUCACCAGAAUGGCCACAGCAGACAUAAAAAACUUGGAGGAAGAUUUCAGGCAGCAGAAUAAGAGCUGCUUCAUCCUGGGAGCCUCUGGGGAAACUGGCAUGGUGUUGCUUCAAGACUUGCUAAAGCGCAACAUCUUCUCCAAGAUCACCCUCAUUGGGAGGAGACAGCUCUCCUUUGAGGACAAAGCAUACGAAAAUCUGGUCCAAGAAGUGGUGGACUUUGAGAAGCUCGAUGAUUACGCUGCUGCUUUCCAGGGUCAUGAUGUUGGCUACUGCUGCCUGGGAACGACCAGGGCCAAAGCCGGGGCUGCAGGAUUCAUCCGAGUUGACCAUGACUAUGUUGUCAAGUCUGCUGAGCUGGCGAAAGCUGGAGGCUGCGCACAAUUUCAUCUGCAGUCUUCCAGAGGCGCUGAUAAAAACAGCAGCUUCCUCUACCUCAAAGUGAAGGGAGAAGUGGAAGCAGAUAUACAGGCACUGGAUUUUGACAGAUAUGCCAUUUACAGACCUGGGGUUUUGCUGGUUGACCGUCAGGAGGUUCGUCCUAGCGAGUGGCUGGCCAGGAAGUUCUUUGGUGCCGUCAGUGCGGUUUCCUCCUCGUCCAUGUGCAUCCCCAUCCAAGCGGUGGCCAAAGCGAUGGUGUCAAAUACUCUGCUACGUCCCGAGCAGAAGGUUGAGGUCCUGGAGAACAAAGCCAUCAGCACUCUGGGAAGUGAAAGUGAUAAGAAGUAACUCUUAGGUGAGAUUAGUUUCAUUACGUAUUUUAGGUUGGCGACAUACUGCUCAGGGUCAUUUCAUCCUCAUGUCUGUGUUUUCUGCAUUGAAAUAUUUAAAUGAGGGAUAUAAACCCACUUUAUUCUACAUUUUUCACAAUAUAUUCUUCAUACAAUGCCUUAAACGUUGCCAUUUUUACAUGCAAGUGUAUUAUUAUUGUGUUGGUUAAAUAUAAAAAGGUGGGUCGACAUCUAACUCUUGUUUUUGCUUUGUCUGGUCAUGUGAAUUUUGUGCAAAGCGUCAUAUGAAAAUAACAUUUUGAAUUGUAUGUUUUCUACUACUGUACCGCACCUAUUAAAAUAAUAAUUAUAUGAGCCUUAAUUAAGGAUAAACUCAUAACUCUUGUGUUGUGGCGCCCUCUUGUGACCAAAUGUUUAACUUCACCUGCAACGUUUCUCAAAUUGCUCCCAAGUCAUAUAUCAAAUGUUCAGAAAAUGCAAAUUUAAUUGUUAUCCAUCCAUCUAUUUUCUACCGCUUGUCCCUCUCGGGUCGCGGGGGGUGCUGGAGCCUAUUCGUAUCUAAUUUAUUGUAGAUUCAUCUAAUUAAAUAUAUGAUAAUGCCUCCUACAAAUACAGUUUGAUUGACUGAUUGAGACUUUUGUUAGUAGAUUGCACAGUACAGUACAUAUUCCGUACAAUUGACCACUAAAUGGUAACACCCGAAUAAGUUUUUCAACUUGUUUAAGUCGGGGUCCACGUUAAUCAAUUCAUGUAACAAUUCAUGUAACACGGUAAGCUCUAAUAAAAAUGUUUAACUUUGUUGUCUGUGUA